AUGGGUGACGCAGAGGUUACUGCCAGCAACUGGCGCUCGGUCGAGGUUGGCCGCAUCGCCUUCUUCGGAAGCGGCCCUUACACUGCCAGAGUCGCGGCCAUCGUCCAGAUCGUUGACCACAAGCGCGUACGUCUUUCCGCACCGCUGUAGACGGAAUGGAAUCGCAAAUCUUGGAUACGGAGGCUUACAUUUGUACAGGUUCUUGUCGAGGGCCCGUCCGACAAGCCGGAACUCGCAGUACCUCGCCAUGCCGCUCCCCUCUCCUCCCUGUCCCUCACUGGCAUCGUCAUCGACAAGCUCCCCAAUGCAGUUGGAUCUGGUGCUCUGAAGAAGAAGUGGGCGGAGGCAGAGAUCGAUCAGAAAUGGACGAACAGCUCCUACGCCAAGAAGUUGGACAAGCAGGCCCGGAGAAAGCAACUGAGCGACUUCGAGCGCUUCAAAGUUAUGCGGUUGAGGAAGCAGGUACGUCUCGUUGUUAUAACAGGCUGCAAUAGUGGAUUGGACUGUCUUGUUGCGAGGAAGCAUUGAUACUGACAAAGGACCAGGCUCGAUUCGAGACCCGUAAGGCUCUCGCUCAGGCCAAGGCAAGCGCAUAA